AUGGCGAGCGCAUCACGACCCAGCGUGCGACCUCGCUCAGCGCACCGCGCCGAGCAGUCUUUGACCGAAGACGAAAUUGCAAAUGAAUUGUUCAAGGACGUUGACGAAUCUGAUAUUGACGACUCGGAUAUAGAUGAGGAUUAUACACAGCCUGAAGAAAUAGAAACAACGGAUAGUGAGGGUGAACAUGUUGGUGCCACGAGGGUGGGACUUGAAGGAAGUGACAAUAUGGAGAGUAGUGAUAGUGUGGAGGGAAGUGACAAUGUGGAGCGUAGUGAUAGUGUGGAGGGAAGUGACAAUAUGGAAGGUAGUGAUAGUGUGGAGGGAAGUGACAAUAUGGAAGCAAUAUUAACAAGAGCAGGUUGUGUUGAGGAGAGGAGGAGAGCACAGGGCAAGGAAUGUGUUGAGGAGAGGAGGAGAGCACAGGGCAAGGAAUGUGUUGAGGAGAGGAGGAGAGCACAGGGCAAGGAAUGUGUUGAGGAGAGGAGGAGAGCACAGGGCAAGGAAUGUGUUGAGGAGAGGAGGAGAGCACAGGGCAAGGAAUGUGUUGAGGAGAGGAGGAGAGCACAGGGCAAGGAAUGUGUUGAGGAGAGGAGGAGAGCACAGGGCAAGGAAUGUGUUGAGGAGAGGAGAGCAAAGGACAAGGAAUGUGUUGAGGAGAGGAGGAGAGCACAGGGCAAGGAAUGUGUUGAGGAGAGGAGGAGAGCACAGGGCAAGGAAUGUGUUGAGGAGAUGAGGAGAGCACAGGGCAAGGAAUGUGUUGAGGAGAGGAGGAGAGCACAGGGCAAGGAAUGUGUUGAGGAGAGGAAGAGAGCACAGGGCAAGGAAUGUGUUGAGGAGAUGAGGAGAGCACAGGGCAAGGAAUGUGUUGAGGAGAGGAGGAGAGCACAGGGCAAGGAAUGUGUUGAGGAGAGGAGGAGAGCACAGGGCAAGGAAUGUGUUGAGGAGAGGAGAGCAAAGGGCAAGGAAUGUGUUGAGGAGAGGAGGAGAGCAUAG